AGCUGAACAGAGCAGAACAAAACAGAGCAGAACAGAGCAGAACAAAGCAGAACAGAACAGAACAGAGCAGAACAAAACAGAGCUGUCUGAACUGAGUGAAGUCCCAGACCAGUAGACAUGUGGAUGCUCAAAACAAUUUGAACUCGGAAACUGUUCUGAACCAGAGCUGCAGUGACUGACAGACCAGCAACAGACCUGGAACAGACCAGCAACAGACCAGGAACAGACCAACAACAGACCGGGAACAUUACCAGUAGUCUUUUUUUGGACCUGCUGCCUGUGAGCUCUUCACCCACACACCUGACAGGAUGGCUCUGAGGCUGCUUCCGGCCUUCGCCAAUGAAGACGAGGAUGAUGAUGGGAACUUUACUAACUGGAUGAGCAGCUACUGGGGCCAUGGAGACAGUGAGGGUGGCAACAGGAAGAACACGGAGAGGAAACGCAGCUUCAAGAGACCAGCACGGACACAUAAUGACCGCCGUGCCUCACUCCCCUGUUCGCUUGAUGCUAUGCAGCUGAAUCGUCUCCAACUGCAAGGUUCAGAGGUCAGGAGCCACUCCCGAGUACGCAGAGCAUCUUCUGACGACAACAGCCAUGCCAAGGAAUUUGUCCUGGAGAAGCGGAUUACCACCAUCCCAGAGCUGGCCGAGUCCUUUGAGAGGAGAUUGAAACUGCGCAACAAGCAGAGUGAAGCUGACGGCCUGUGUCUGAUCUGCCAUGAAGUUGUGCGUAAUGGAGUUGGAGUCAGAUUAGGAGCAGGAGUCGCAGCAGGAGUCGGAGCAGGAGUCAGAGCAGGAGUCCAGGAGCUGAACUGUUCUCAUCGAUUCUACAAAGAGGGGUCAAGAAGACCAGAGGAGGGCCGUCACCGGAGCAGCAGUGUGGCCGGAGCAUGUGAUCGGAGGACGUCUGGAGGAGACCAGCGAAGGAUGUCAGGGGACGAGCCAUUUUGUAAGGAGCAGGAAGACUGUCGUGUGCCCCAACGCCAGCACUCCCUCAGGAGACAACGCUGAACCCCAACGCCAACACUCCCUCAGGAGACAACGCUGAACCCCAACGCCAACACUCCCUCAGGAGACAACGCUGAACCCCAACGCCAACACUCCCUCAGGAGACAACGCUGAACCCCAACGCCAACACUCCCUCAGGAGACAACGCUGAACCCCAACGCCAACACUCCCUCAGGAGACAACGCUGAACCCCAACGCCAACACUCCCUCAGGAGACAACGCUAAAUCCCAACGCCAACACUCCCUCAGGAGACAACGCUAAAUCCCAACGCCAACACUCCCUCAGGAGACAACGCUGAACCCCAACGCCAACACUCCCUCAGGAUACAACGCUGAACCCCAACGCCAGCACUCCCUCAGGAUACAACGCUAAACCGGGUGGAAACACAGAAAUAUUUAACAUCAGAAAUCACCUUAACGUCUACACCUUCAUGUCUACACCUUAACGUCUACACCUUAACGUCUACACCUUCAUGUCUACACCUUAACGUCUACACCUUCAUGUCUACACCUUAAUUUCCAGACCUUAACGUCUACACCUUAAUGUCUACACCUUAACGUCUACACCUUAACGUCUACACCUUAAUGUCUACACCUUAAUGUCUACACAUUAACGUCUACACCUUAACGUCUACACCUUAAUAUCUACACCUUAACGUCUACACCUUAAUGUCUACAACUCACUAUGACUUCAACACCUUAACAUCUUUAUUUUAAUGUCUUCACCUGACUAUAACAUGUUACACCAGACUAUAACUUCUAAACCUUAAUGUCUUUACAUCAACCUCUAGAACUACUGUAACAUCUAGACCUGAUAAUGACAUCUACACCUGACCAUAACAUCUACACCUGACCAUAACAUCUACAC